AUGAUCCAUACCCUAUUACUACUCUCACUCUCCACAUUCUUCGUGCUCAAAACCCGACCCGUUUACUCAUCGACCGAGCCUUUCUUUGUCCCGAAAUCGACCCAUCUCGGGUCUCUUGGCAAAACCCUAGCCCUUCCCCUCAAAACCCGAGAAAUCCCGAACAAACUCCAAUUCACCCACAACGUAACCCUAACCGUCUCUCUAUCCGUCGGCACGCCACUGCAGAACGUUACGAUGGUACUCGACACGGGUAGCGAACUCUCGUGGCUCCAAUGCAACACGACCCGAGCAAACCGACCUGCGUUCGACCCGAAUCGUUCCUCUACGUACUCGCCCGUCUCGUGCUCGUCUGCCACUUGCACCGACCGUACGCAGGACUUCUCGAUACCCGCCUCGUGCGACUCAAGAAACCUAUGCCACGCGAUCCUGUCGUACGCCGACAUGUCGUCCUCCGAGGGGAAUCUCGCCUCGGAAAUAUUCUCGAUAGGCGGGUUGGGUUUUCCGGGCACGGUAUUCGGGUGUAUGGACUCAGGCUAUAGUAGCAACUCGGAGGAAGACGGUAAGACGACGGGGCUAAUGGGGAUGAAUCGGGGCUCGUUAUCGUUCGUCUCUCAAAUGGGGUUUGGAAAAUUCGCGUAUUGCAUAUCCGGGUCGGAUUUUUCCGGCGUGCUCCUGUUCGGGGACUCGAAUUUCACGGCGGGGGUCAUCCUCCCGCUCAACUACACGCCGAUGAUCCAGAUCCAGACCAGGCUGCCGUAUUUCAACCGGGCGGCGUAUACGGUUCAGCUGGAAGGGAUAAGGGUGUCGGAGAAGCUUCUCCCGUUGCCGAAGUCCGUUUUCGAGCCGGAUCAUACCGGGGCGGGUCAGACCAUGGUUGACUCCGGAACGCAGUUCACGUUCCUACUCGGGCCGGCUUACGCGGCGCUGAGGAGCGAGUUUGUGAACCGGACCGCUGGGUUGCUCCGGAUACUGGAGGAACCGGACUUCGUGUUUCAGGGGGCAUUCGAUCUGUGCUUCAGGGUUGAUGAAGGAAAGGCGGGGGUGGCGGAUCUGCCGACGGUGAGCUUGAUUUUCCGGGGAGCGGAGAUAGAGGUGGCCGGUGGACAGCUGCUGUACAGGGUUCCGGGGGAGGUUCGGGGGACCGAUUCGAUUCAGUGCUUCACGUUUGGGAACUCAGAUCUGGUGGGGAUGGAGGCGUACGUGAUCGGGCACCACCACCAGCAGAAUGUGUGGAUGGAAUUCGAUCUGCAGAGGGAGAGGAUUGGGGUGGCGCCGGUGAGGUGCGACCAGGCGCGGCGGAGGUUAGGGGUGAGGCCGUAG